CUUGUGCUUUGGAAUUCUGAACCACAUGUCUCGAUAGGCCUAUCCACAACAACCUUCAUUGCAUAAAGAGUAAAGACAACAUGUACUCAGUUUCCCUUCAGCCGAAAAGUUUGGGGGCCAUCUAUAACCAGAUAGAGCAAAUUGCAGGGUCACACCAUGACUCUCUUCUCUGCUUCAUCCUUCUGUCUCUCAUAGUUUCAUAGUCUCUUAUGGUUAGUGAGUGCAGCCAUCAAUGACAAAUUCCCAUGUGAGUCCUCUGAUUUCUAGAACCAUGAAUAUCAUGAAACUGCAGAAUUUUGUCCCAGCUGGAAAUUGUUCAAGGAUAAACACCACCUCAAGAUUUGGUGAAAGAGCAUCAUGGUUUAGACCCAUUACCAUAAUGAAAGUUGCAGAACAAAGCUCAGGCUUAGUUGAAGAUGAAACACUUGCUCAGAAGAAAAGAGAACUUUACAUGGCGGUGGAAGGAAUCAAUAGGGGGAUAUUUGGAAUGCCAUCUGCCCAGAAAAUUGAAAUUGAGAAUUUGGUGAAGCAGCUGGAAUCUCAGAAUCCAACACCAGACCCAACUCUGGAACUGGAGAAGGUGGCUGGGUGCUGGAGGCUUAUUUACAGUACAAUAUCAAUUUUGGGAUCCAAGAGGACCAAGUUAGGCCUCAGAGACUUUAUCUCAUUGGGUGAUUUUUUUCAGACUAUUGAUGAAGUCCAGAGCAAAGCAGUUAAUGUGAUCAAGUUCAGUGCAAGAGGGUUGAGUUUGCUGUCUGGAGAGCUUAGCAUUGAGGCCUCUUUCAAGAUUGCUUCCACAACAGUUAAAGCUCCAUUUCUUAGGGUUGACAUCAAUUAUGAAAAAUCCACAAUCAUUCCUGAUCAGUUGAUGAAUUUGUUUCGGAAAAAUUAUGAUCUUUUAUUGAGCAUCUUCAAUCCAGAGGGAUGGUUGGAAAUCACAUAUGUUGAUGAUUCCAUGAGAAUAGGAAGGGAUGACAAAGGCAAUAUCUUUGUAUUGGAAAGAUCUGAAGAUGAUAAUAACCCCUAGCCAUCUUUUUGUGAGCCCAAAAUAUGCAUUGUAUUAAGAAUUUUAUUGGCCCAUUCAUUUUUUUGGGUUCAGAGGCCCAUUCAUGUCAGCAUUUUGUUGGCUCAUUCAAUUUUGGAAAUAAGUCAGCAUUUUGUCUAUAAAUAUACAGUUUUUUUUAAGAAAUAAAUUUGGAUUUUCUUCUACCUACUCGCUCUAAAUCU